UAUCCGUAAACAUAACCUUAAAAUGUCAUGUCACAACAGCUUUCAAAAAUAUUAAAACUACUUCAUAGAUAAAUAAUAACAAACAAAUGUGGUAAAUGUUUUCAUUGAGGUUGGGACGUUCCUGUGGCAAAAUAGAAAAUAUUUUGAUAGCCAACAUGUCUAAGAAAAGCAAAGGCAAAGCCGCAGAAAAACAACAACCAAAACCUGCUCAAGAAGAUUUAGGUCCAAUUCAAAAGGACAAGUCUGAUAACAUCCUUAUUUCAAUAUUAGCAAAACCAGGUGCUAAACAAAAUGCGAUAACUGGUAUUACAUCUGAAGGUGUAGGCGUACAAAUCAAUGCUCCCCCAAGUGAGGGGGAAGCCAAUACGGAAUUAGUAAAAUACAUGGCCUCAGUUUUGGGUCUUAGGAAAAGUGAUGUAGUAUUUGAUAAGGGAUUUAAAUCAAGGUCCAAAACAUUGAAAAUAACUGGCUUGAUAACAUUGGAACAGGUAAAACAGAAAAUUCAAGAUGAAAUAAAUGCCACUUAAUA